GGUUUCAAAUUUACCUCCUUCCUGUAUACUGCUUGGAGGCAUUUCUGGACAAUGUGGACCGUAUUGUGCUUCCGCGUCCGUAGAAUGGCUGCAAGGGACAGGUACGCACUGUUCGGUGUCCCCCGAGCGGCGCCGGAUAUGCCGCAUCUGAGUUGCUCCGUCGUUCCGCGUCCACUUACGGCAGACGCGCAGGCCGUGGGCUCCUAA